UGCUUGCACACACCCACACUAACCACACGCACACAUGCACAGAAACACGCUCCACCUUCCAACGGUCAGAAGCAACAUGAAACAGAGAGAUUUGAAGUGAAGCUCGCAGCUGACAGAGAUAGACAAGAGAGAGAGAGGGGGAGCAAGAGGCAGAGGGGGGGCAACAUGGAGACCGGGAGGCCGCUUUAGACUUUAAACUUGUUGAGUUUGACUCAAUCGGUACGAGGGGAUUCACUCACUGUUUCUGUUUAUUCCUUUAAUUCCCACGUUUAUGUGAUUGGUCAUAAAGCUGUUGAUCAGAGCAGGACUCCCUCAUGGCGGUCGUGCAGGCUGUACUGCCCUCCUUCAGCUCCUUCUCUGACUGCCCCCUGCCCCAGGCCGAGAUGAAGUUGGAGGAUUUAGAUGAGGACCCUUUCACUCAGAGCGACGUCCUUUCGGACGGCGCCUCAGGACAGCAGCAGGCGUCCUGUUCCAUCAAAGAGGAGCUCCUCAACCACGACAGCGAUGCAUCCUGGGACAUCGAGUUCCUGCUGUCCGAGUGGAGCAACCCGUCCCCUGGGUUCUCCCCUCCUCUGGACUACAGCACCCAGCCCCCCCAGCCGGCGGACCAGAGCACCCUGUACCCCGAGGGCCACCUGUUUGACGCGCUGUCGCGCCGCGACGCCCCGCCCAUGGGCGGCGGCGGCGGCGAGCUCGGACCCCCGUCUCUGGCGGAGAGCUCGCUGUCGGCCAUCCCGGAGCUGUACCUCCGGGGCUACGGCGGGAACGACCCCGCGGGCCCGCCCUCGUACCCCGCCCCCCCGCACCCCGACCCCUUCGGCCUCUGCCAGGGGUCCGGCGGCAUGGAGGGUCCCGGCGAGGACAUGGGCCCCCUUGGCGAGGCGCUGGCCCCGUGGGACUUCGGCCCCUACCCCUCCCACUACCCCCAGCAGCAGCCGCCCCCCCUCCUCGCCACGCGGCCCUACCCGGAGGGCCGGUUCCUCCACGCCCCCGCCGCGCCGCCCAGCUACAACUACCCCCUCCACCACCAACCCCCCCCCCACCUGCACCUGCAGCAGCAGCACCACCAACACCAGCAGCACGCCAAUCUCUACUACCACUACCCCCCGCAGCACGGGCAGGCCGGCGGCCAUUACUCCCUCUUGCAGCAAGGCAUCAUGGUCCGGGCACCGCUGGCCAGAGGGUCCGGGGGCGGAGGGGGGGUGGAGGGGAGGCGGGCCCGCAGGGCGACGGUGAAGAGGAAGCCGGCCGUCCACAGGUGUGAAUUCCCCGGCUGCAGCAAGACCUACACCAAGAGCUCCCACCUCAAGGCGCACAUGCGCACGCACACAGGGGAGAAGCCGUACCACUGCUCCUGGGAGGGCUGUGGCUGGAAGUUCGCCCGCUCGGACGAGUUGACGCGACACUACAGGAAACACACGGGGCAGAAGCCCUACGAGUGUGGGCUCUGUCAGAGGGCCUUCUCCCGCUCGGACCACCUGGCGCUUCACAUGAAGAGACACACCUGAGACACACACACACCGGUGGGGAUCAACAUUUGAACUGGGAGCUGAUGGGUCGCAGACAUAUCGAUGAAUACACUGUAGACUGUAGACACCUUUACAGCAGACGUAAACACUAACGCAGACCUCCCAGAAGGUAUGACGUAGGGAGGUUUGGAAAGGUUGUGUCUGUGGUUCAAGGUUAUGACCGAUCGCUGUCUCAACCCCCAGAGGGCAACUGAUAUCUUUGUCUCAUUCCCAUACACAGAACCUUUUUGAGUUUGAACUAAAAGUUACAACUUUUUACUUUAAGUCUUUUAUAAAUAUUGUUUUCCGUUAGUAAGCCAGAGUAUAGCUAUAGCUAUAGUAGUAUGUGUUUGUUUUGCCUGCUAUUGUGUUAUUUGCCUGUUAAUGUAAAGUGAAACACUGUGCAUUGAUGUACUAGGGCGUGGUUGGGCAGGCCAUCAAUCAGACUACUUAAGUUCAAAACGGACACAUUUACACUGGACAUCUGUAAAUAAGUAGACUUAUCAAUAUUAUCAGUUGUAAUAAAUUAAAUAUUUACAUAUUUAUUAGAAAUAUAUUUGAAUAAUGUGUCUUCUUUUUUUUUUACACUUUGUACAUUUGGCUUAUCAUGUUCAUGUGUUAAUAAAGAUGAAGGUUGAAAAUGA